AUGGCUCCUCCAGAAAACUCACCAUCCGGUUCUCCAUCCAUCUCCCCGUACCGUGCUCCCCUCUUGUCUGAAGAUACCCCGGAUAGUCUGCCGAACCGCAUGUUCACCUCUACCAUCGUUCCCUCACCCCUUCUGCAGUCCGUCGCCCAAGCUCCUCCAGUCAUGGAUACCGAGGAAAAUCUUCGAAUUAGAGCCAGAGGAUUACAUGGUCAGUCACAGCUUCGACCACAUCGGGCAUCUGUGGACCAGCUAGGUCCUGGCAGUAGUGAUGACCGAAUAAGAAGAGUGUCUGGUUCUGCACGCCUACGCCAGUCUCUGAGAGAUAAUGAUCCUCGGCAGCUAUCACUGACAGAAAGAUCAUAUGGGCCACGAAUACCUUUAUGGAGACCCGGGCAGAGGCAGUCACUAUAUGAUUGGGCUCCAGCUACGCCGCCAGAGGAUGAAUAUGAGAACCGCUCGCUCCCGCUUCCCCCCAUGAUUGAUGGAGGAGAACCACACGAUGAGAUGCUGAGAGAUCUUUUGAGAUACCGGGCCGACAGUCCGCCGCCUUCUGCAGUUCCCGGACCGCUCACUCGGGCAUACCGAAAUCUCGAUAAUGAUGUCCGAAUGUAUGAAACUUUAUUUGGUCCUCAAGUACUUUCACCAUUCAGAACUCUCACGCAACCACAAAGGCAGAAUUCACGUCUUCUAUUGCGCUCACGGCCCCCAUGGCAUGGCUGGAAUUGGGAUAGGGAACAUGUGCGAGAACGAAGGGAGGACCUAUCCCGCUCCCGCUCCGAGAGAGAUGCUGAGGUAGCGCUCCGCUCUCGCCCGUUUAGGACUCGAGACGAAAAUUACAGGGAUCAAAGUACAGCCCCCUCGUCCUCCUACGAACUUGAGGAAGCUAUUGGGUAUCUGGCAAAACUUCGAUUCAGUAACAGCAGUGAUGAAAGUUUGUGUCUUGCCGUCAAAGCAGGCUUCUUCAGCCGUGGCGAUGACUGGCUUGAGAUUAUUAGAGAUAAAUCCAUGUAUGACGAUCUCUUACUGGACACCCAAUUCAUAAAUGUUGCCGAAACCUCGUGGCUUAAAGUUGGUGGUGUAUUUUGGGGCUCCCAAACAACCCCGAUAAUUUCUGCUGUGCCCCCCUCACGUCCCACCAUAUCUUCGGAUUCGUCUUCGGCAUCUUUGCCAUCGAAUACAACUGCUGCCGCAAUAUCUUAUCAAGAUGAUCCCCACAGGGAAUCUGGUAGCGCAUCAUCGUAUUAUAGUAAUAGUAGUCCACACCACUGGACAGUCAAAGUGAUCAUAUCUAGCAUAGAUUACGCGCAGCUACGUCUGACUGGGACUAUGGAAGCAUUCACAGACUUUCAAACAACUGGUGCUGCAACAAAGACAAGCAUUACGACGUACCUAGAGGGUGAAAUUAUUGAUUUCAAGACGCAUAGUUUGCAAACCUUUAACUUUCCGAGUAGCAUCAAGGAUGACGCAAGCAACUGGAGAAAAUUAGAGCCAUUCUGCCAAUUAAGCAAUGAAGAGCUCGUGAAGAGUUUGGUUUCUAAGCAGUUCAUGAAGAAUCUCACAGAUAAUUGGGUGUUCAUGAGGUGGAAAGAAAAAUGUUUCAUCUCGCCACAAACCUCUCCUGACAGUGGGGUACUAACAAUAGGGGGUUUUUAUUUCCUGUCGCUCCGCAGAUCAAACGGACAGAUACAAGGGUUUUACUACGAUCCCAAAAGCCAGCCCUAUCAAGAGCUUAAUCUUAGACCUCAAAAACGCUUGUUUCCUACUUACGAGUUCCGUUGA